GCCUCACUUCCUGACAUGCGUACACCAGAUCAGAACAUUGAAUGGUUUGACGAAGCUUGGUCUGAUCCUGAAUUUGUCAAAUCAUGCAAACAAUUACUACCAAAGACUUCAGCAAGGUCAGGUUUAAUAGAUAAAAUCCCAUCUUUUAGCCUUGGAGCAACACAGCGGAUGGAAGUGGAUCUGAAUGUUGGGGUGAAUGCGGUUACUCUUGAAACCGAAUGCUUGGUAAAUGCAAUGACAAAGGGGGCAUCUACAAACAAGGCAGGAAUGAAUGAACAUUGUGACAAAGACAAGACGAGGAAUGGAAAUCUGGGGUUAGCUACGGGCACUAGGGUGUAUAAUGUAUGAAUUUGAUUAGUAUACAAC